GUGUGUGCCGCGCACCGCGGGCCUUCCUGGGUAACCUGGGCCUCGCCGGCGCCCUGUCCCGCCUUCGAAGGGAAAACUUAACUCCCACGGACAACUUUCUCCCUUGGCUGACAUCCUCGCACGCCCAAGCCCCGAAAGUGCCCUGCCCUUGACCUCUCCGGGAGCUGUCAGCCAUUUCUUGUGGAGUUGGCCGGGGCUUGGGUCCGUGUGUCUGUGGGUGACGGACACGAGUUGAGAUAACCUUGGGCAGGUGCUGCUUAAGUUGCUGACCCAGAGCUGCUGGUAAUUAUGGGAAAUCAACUCGCUGGCAUUGCGCCUUCCCAGAUCCUUUCUGUAGAGAGUUAUUUCUCGGACAUUCAUGACUUCGAGUAUGACAAGAGCCUGGGAAGUACUCGCUUUUUCAAGGUUGCCAGAGCGAAGCACCGGGAAGGGCUGGUGGUGGUGAAGGUCUUUGCCAUUCAAGAUCCCACAUUGCCCUUAACCAGUUACAAACAGGAGCUGGAGGAGUUGAAAAUCAGGCUGCAUUCUGCACAGAACUGCCUCCCUUUCCAGAAAGCAGCCGAAAAAGCAUCUGAGAAAGCAGCCAUGCUGUUCAGACAGUACGUGAGAGACAACCUCUAUGAUCGCAUCAGUACCCGUCCGUUCUUAAAUAACAUUGAGAAGCGCUGGAUCGCUUUCCAGAUCCUGACUGCAGUGGACCAAGCCCACAAAUCUGGAGUCCGUCAUGGGGACAUCAAGACUGAGAACGUGAUGGUCACCAGUUGGAACUGGGUUCUUCUAACUGAUUUUGCCAGUUUCAAGCCCACUUAUCUUCCAGAGGAUAACCCAGCGGAUUUCAACUACUUCUUUGAUACUUCUCGGAGGAGGACCUGUUACAUUGCUCCGGAACGUUUCGUUGACGGUGGUAUGUUUGCCACUGAGUUAGAAUAUAUGAGAGAUCCCUCAACUCCGCUGGUAGACUUAAAUAGCAAUCAGAGGACAAGAGGAGAGUUGAAGAGAGCAAUGGACAUCUUUUCAGCAGGCUGUGUGAUAGCUGAGCUUUUUACAGAAGGUGUGCCAUUGUUUGAUCUCUCUCAACUGUUGGCAUAUAGAAAUGGACACUUUUUUCCUGAACAAGUGCUAAAUAAAAUAGAAGAUCGCAGCAUCAGAGAAUUGGUAACACAGAUGAUUCACCGUGAGCCAGAAAAACGUUUCGAGGCUGAAGAUUACUUAAAGCAGCAGCGUGGCAAUGCCUUCCCUGAGAUAUUUUAUACUUUCCUUCAGCCUUACAUGGCACAGUUUGCUAAGGAAACUUUUCUUUCUGCCGAUGAGCGCAUUCUGGUUAUACGGAAGGAUUUGGGCAACAUUAUUCACAAUCUCUGUGGACAGGAUCUGCCAGAAAAAGCGGAAGGCGAGCCAAAGGAAAGUGGGCUGGUUAUCUUGGUGUCGGUUAUUACAUCCUGCCUACAGACUCUUAAAUACUGUGACUCGAAGCUUGCUGCUUUAGAACUUAUUCUACACUUGGCCCCAAGACUAAGUGUGGAAAUCCUUUUGGAUCGUAUCACUCCAUACCUUCUGCAUUUCAGCAAUGACUCUGUUCCUAGAGUGAGGGCAGAAGCCUUGAGGACGCUGACCAAAGUCCUUGCUCUUGUCAAAGAAGUUCCUCGCAAUGACGUCAAUAUCUACCCAGAAUACAUUCUUCCAGGCAUAGCCCACCUUGCCCAGGAUGAUGCUACUAUUGUUAGACUAGCCUAUGCUGAAAACAUUGCACUACUGGCAGAAACAGCCCUGAGAUUCCUGGAAUUAGUGCAGCUGAAAAAUCUCAACAUGGAAAAUGACCCUAAUGGUGAAGAAAUGGAUGAAGUCACACAUCCAAAUGGGAACUAUGACAUAGAGCUCCAAGCCUUACAUGAAAUGGUCCAGCAGAAAGUUGUCACCUUAUUAAGUGAUCCUGAAAAUAUUGUGAAACAAACUUUAAUGGAGAAUGGAAUAACUCGGCUCUGUGUGUUCUUUGGACGGCAGAAAGCCAAUGACGUUUUGUUGUCUCACAUGAUCACUUUCCUGAAUGACAAGAAUGAUUGGCAUCUACGUGGAGCUUUCUUUGAUAGCAUAGUUGGUGUUGCUGCCUAUGUUGGUUGGCAGAGCUCUUCAAUCCUCAAGCCCCUGCUCCAGCAAGGUCUCAGUGAUGCUGAAGAAUUUGUUAUUGUGAAAGCGCUCAAUGCCCUUACCUGCAUGUGCCAGUUAGGGCUGCUGCAGAAACCCCAUGUCUACGAGUUUGCCAGUGAUAUUGCCCCCUUCCUGUGUCAUCCUAAUCUGUGGAUACGUUACGGUGCUGUGGGCUUUAUUACAGUGGUAGCUCACCAAAUAAGUACAGCUGAUGUCUACUGCAAACUGAUGCCUUAUCUUGACCCCUAUAUCACCCAACCAAUCAUACAGAUUGAAAGGAAGCUUGUUCUACUCAGUGUUUUAAAAGAGCCAGUAAGUCGGUCUAUCUUUGAUUACGCUCUGAGGUCCAAGGACAUCGCUAGCUUGUUCCGACAUCUUCACCUGCGCCAGAAGAAGCGGAGCGGCUGUCUUCCUGCCUGCCCCCCACCUGAGGACCCGGCCAUAGCCCAGCUGCUGAAGAAACUCCUCUCACAGGGAAUGACAGAGGAAGAAGAAGACAAACUUCUGGCGCUGAAAGACUUCAUGAUGAAAUCAAAUAGAGCCAAAGCAAAUAUAGUAGACCAGAGCCACCUUCAUGAUAGUAGCCAGAAAGGAGUGAUUGACUUGGCAGCAUUAGGCAUAACAGGGAGACAAGUUGAUCUUGUUAAGACUAAACAAGAGCCAGAUGACAAACGGGCUAGAAAACAUGUGAAACAAGACGCAAAUGUAAAUGAAGAGUGGAAAAGCAUGUUUGGGUCCCUGGAACCAGCAACUAUCCCGCAGGCCCUGCCUAAAGCCAGUGACCAUGAGGUGAUUCAGGCUGGGAAGCCACCACGUUCCGAGUCCUCUGCAGCCGUCUGUGUCCCUUUGUCAACUUCUCCUCAGGUUUCAGAAGUAACAAAUAUUCCAAAUAAAAAACCAGUAAUACAGGUUUUAAGCAGCACCAUUUUGCCGUCUACUUACCAGAUUCGGAUCACAACCUGUAAAACUGAGCUUCAGCAACUCAUCCAGCAAAAGCGGGAGCAGUGUAACGCUGAGCGGAUAGCCAAGCAGAUGAUGGAGGACGCUGAAUGGGAGAGCAAACCACCUCCACCUGGGUGGCGUCCUAAAGGGCUCCUGGUUGCACAUCUUCACGAGCACAAAUCUGCUGUGAAUCGCAUUAGAGUCUCUGAUGAACACUCCCUUUUUGCUACCUGUUCAAACGAUGGCACAGUGAAAAUCUGGAACAGUCAGAAGAUGGAGGGGAAGACCACCACCACGAGGUCUAUUCUGACAUACAGCCGAAUUGGAGGACGAGUCAGGACCCUGACGUUCUGCCAAGGCUCCCACUACUUGGCCAUCGCUUCUGAUAAUGGUGCGCUCCAGCUUCUUGGGGUUGAGGCUUCCAAGUUGCCCAAGUCUCCUAAAAUCCAUCCUCUACAAAGCAGGAUUCUGGAUCAGAAGGAAGAUGGUUGUGUGGUGGACAUGCAUCACUUCAACUCUGGGGCGCAGUCCAUUCUUGCCUAUGCCACUGUGAAUGGCUCUCUGGUGGGCUGGGACCUGAGGUCUUCCAGCAAUGCAUGGACACUAAAGCAUGAUUUGAAGUCAGGCCUCAUCACUUCCUUUGCUGUGGACAUCCACCAGUGCUGGCUCUGCAUUGGUACAAGCAAUGGUACCAUGGCAUGUUGGGACAUGAGGUUCCAGUUACCAAUUUCCAGUCACUGUCAUCCCUCCAGGGCUCGAAUCAGGCGCCUCUCAAUGCACCCCCUGUAUCAGUCUUGGGUAAUUGCAGCUGUUCAGGGCAAUAACGAAGUGUCCAUGUGGGACAUGGAGACUGGUGACAGAAGAUUUACUCUCUGGGCCAGCAGUGCACCGCCACUUUCUGAGCUACAGCCUUCUCCUCACAGUGUCCAUGGCAUCUACUGCAGUCCUGCAGAUGGAAACCCGAUCCUGCUGACCGCUGGCUCAGACACGAAAAUAAGGUUUUGGGACUUGGCUUACCCAGAAAGGUCCUAUGUUGUGGCAGGAAGUUCCAGUUCGCCGUCGGUGUCGUACUAUAGGAAGGUAAUAGAAGGCACCGAAGUUGUACAGGAAAUUCAGAAUAAGCAGAAGGUUGGAUCAAGUGAUGACACCCCUCGAAGGGGCCCAGAAUCUCUGCCUGUAGGACACCAUGAUAUUAUCACAGAUAUUGCCACCUUUCAGACAACUCAAGGCUUCAUCGUGACUGCUUCUAGAGAUGGGAUUGUGAAGGUGUGGAAAUAAAACCUGCUACCUUGUAUAAAUUGUUUGAAGUACUAAAUGUACCAUAAUUCAGGAGAAAAGGUAUUUCUAGUGAACAGACAUGAAGACGUUCAUUUUUCUAGUCUUUAAAAUCAUGUACAUAUUACUCUGGCUAAACAUCCCGUCCAAAGUGGUGUGGGAAGCUGAGCUGGCGAGUUACUCCCGCAUCUCUGAAGACCCAGCAAGACAGAACUGUCUGGAGUUCUCACUGUAUGCGUCACAGGGGAGAAGUGUAAAAAGCACAGAUGAGUGUGAUGUCAUUUAUUUUGUAUUGAAAAAAGAUGGUUGUAAGCUCUUAUGUAAACACAUUUUUGCUAUUGUAAAUGCUAUUCAAACCUGUAAGUAAACUAUAUCAAAGCAC